GUCCUUCCAGGUCCUUCCUGCCCCGAGCCGCUCCGCCAGCUCCCUCACAAACACCGACCACCGGAGAAGAAACCCGUUCAUUUACCCGUUAAUCCGCCUCAAACCGACCGGGUCCCGGGAGCCAUGAUGGGCGGUAAGACCAGCGCGCUGGCCGCCGGGGUGUGCGGGGCUCUGCUCGUCGGUUACUGCAUCUAUUUCGACAGGAAAAGACGGAGUGACCCCAACUUCAAGAACCGACUGCGAGAACGGAGGAGAAAGCAGAAGGCAGCCAAAGAGAGGGCUGGCAUGGCAAAGCUCCCGGACCUGAAGGACGCUGAGGCGGUGCAGAAGUUCUUCCUGGAGGAGAUCCAACUGGGGGAGGAGCUGCUGGCUCAGGGAGACUAUGAGAAAGGUGUGGACCACCUGACCAACGCCAUCGCAGUGUGCGGUCAACCUCAGCAGCUGCUGCAGGUGCUGCAGCAGACUCUGCCGCCGCCCGUCUUCCAGAUGCUGCUCACCAAACUGCCCAGCAUCAGCCAGCGGAUCGUGAACGCACAGAGUCUGAGCGAGGACGAUAUAGAAUGAGAGGGUCGACAGGAAAUAACCCCAUCCUCCUCCCCCUCUUCAUCAUCCCCCCUCUUCCUCUCUACGACCUGCCAACACCUCGGCCUCCAUCACUCCGGCCGACGUCCAUCACUUCCCAUCAAGGCGUCCUGAAGGGAAUCAGUUUUCUAUCCCUGCUUCAGCCAGUGUUUGUUUCUAACUGAAAUUACCCGUUCUGGGGUAUUAAGGGUCUCUCGAGAAACACAAGCGCCCGUCCCUGUUCCCCCGCCAUCAGCUUUGUACUAAUUGACCGGACCGGUGGUUGUUGACGACGUGAAUCGGCUUCUUCCGCUCCAGGUUUCCACCGUGUCCGAACCGUCUUCGUGGUCGUUAUAUCACAAUAGGAAGUUAGAGGAAGCUUCUGUCGGCGCCGACGCUUCACAGUAUUUAUUGUUUUGUUAUCAGUCGUCUUUCUGUUUCGCUCUUGACCUGGAAACACUUUCGGAAAGUGAUGAAAUGUUCUGUUCGUCUUAAAGAGGACGGCCCUCUUUAGGACAAAAUAAAUAAAUAAGAAUGUGAAGAAAGUA